UGAAAAAUCAAACCACCAGAAAAAAUAAAAACCAACAAACAAAGAGAAAGAAAGAAAAAAGAUCGAAAAUUUCAAACUUCUGGAAACAAGAACAAGAAUCCAAAUAGACAUCGCACCCUUCAUGUCAUUCCUGCGAUUUCUCAGCAGCUAGUUUUGUUGCUACAGAUUGAAGAGUUCAAUUGUGGAUUGUAGAUUUUCUGCAAAAUGGUUCUGGGUUUAAGCUCCAAGAACAAGAAAGGUUCAUCGAUUCACACUGAUUAUCUGAUCCACAUUCACGAGAUCAAGCCAUGGCCACCAUCUCAGUCCCUAAGAUCCCUUCGCUCUGUGGUAAUACAUUGGGAAAAUGGGGAACGCAACUCUGGCUCAACCAAUGUCGUUACUCCUUCUCUUGGAUCUGUUAUCGGCGAGGGGAAAAUUGAAUUCAGUGAAUCAUUUAAGCUUCCUGUGACUUUGUUGAGGGAUGUCUCGACCAGAAACAACAAGGAUAGUGAUUCAUUCCUGAAAAAUAUCUUGGAGUUCAACCUAUAUGAGCCUCGGAGAGAAAGAACACACCAGCUGUUGGCAACUGCUACCAUAGAUUUGGCAGAUUUUGGUGUCAUUAAAGAUAGUUUGAGCAUAACUGCUCCAAUGAACAGCAAGAGAAGCUAUAGGAACACAUCUCAGCCUGUUCUGUUCAUCACAAUUCAACCACAUGAAAGACAUCAGGCCAAUUCUUCACCUAGGAAUGGCUCAAAAGAUGUGUGUAAGAAUGGCAGUGAAUCCGUUUCUGCCUUAAUGAAUGAGGAAAACUCUGAGGAAGCCGAGAUUGAUUCAUUUACAGAUGAUGAUAUCUCCUCGCACUCCUCUUUGACAGUUUCUUGUUCAACUUUAGAGUCUCAUGGUGGUUUUUCUGCUCGGACAGAGGAGGAAGAACAUGAGAGAAUGAAUACCGAUGUCAAAGGAAGUGACCAUGAGAGUUCUAGAACAGUGCAGGAGGAGAGUGAACCACAGGAAGUUGUUAACCGGAUUUCAUCACCGAUUGACUUGUCUUCGGUAUUUAAUCUCCCAGUGAACACUCAUGUUUCUGUAUCGGAUGCUUCUAUUUCUGCACAAGAAGACAAUGCUAAUGUUUUCAUAAGCAAUAGCGUUAUGGAUUCUGUUGAUGAGAGCAGUAUGCUGGAUGAUGGGAAUGGAGAAACCAACUCUAGACCUUUUCCACUUGAUGAUGACUUGGGAAACGGUUCAUCUCAAGGUUCUGAGAGUAAUCAAGAUUCGAUCGGUGAGUCGGGAGGGAAAAGCACAGUUGAGAGAUCAAGAAUCGUGAAAUCUGUUCGAUCAUCUUUGGAUAUUUCCAGAAGUACCAGCGGGUGUGGAGUAUCCAACGAACAAAAAGAAGUAAAGGUACAUCCAAAGGGUAAUAGGGAUGCUGAUAUGGUGAUCAAGAUCAAGAAUUUGGAGAGUAAAGUAAAAAAGCUUGAGGGUGAGCUUAGGGAAGCCGCUGCUAUAGAAGCAGCUCUUUAUACAGUAGUUGCAGAGCAUGGAAGCUCCACGAGUAAGGUCCAUGCCCCAGCAAGACGCCUUUCCCGGCUCUAUCUACAAAGCCCUUCGUCACGAAGAGCUGCUGCAGCCAAAAGUGCAGUCUCGGGGUUAGUUCUUGUUGCCAAAGCCUGUGGAAAUGAUGUCCCCAGAUUAACAUUUUGGUUAUCAAAUGCUGUCGUUCUGAGGGCAAUCAUAAGCGAAAGCGGCUUGGAAGAAGAACUACCGGUUUCUGUUGGUCCUCGUACAUUGAGACAGAAGGCUGAACGAGAAAUUGAGAAGAAGCGAUUGCCAUUGAAGUGGAAGGAUUCUCCUCCAAACAAAAGGGAUGGUGAAAGAAUUGGUGGCUGGGACAACCCAAGCACUUUCACAUUAGCACUUGAAAAGGUCGAAGCUUGGAUUUUCACACGUGUUGUAGAAUCUAUAUGGUGGCAGACUUUUACACCGCAUAUGCAAUCUGCUGCAAGGGCAUUUGACAAAGCCAUUGGUUCUGAAUCAAGGAAAAACUUUCGAAGAACGCCUAGUUCUGUAAAUCAAGAACAAAGUGAUUUCUCAAUAGAGCUUUGGAAAAAGGCGUUCAGAGACGCAUGUGAACGAUUAUGUCCUCUACGAGCCAGUGGCCACGAGUGCGGCUGUUUGCCAGUUACUGCUCGUCUGAUAAUGGAACAAUGUGUGGCAAGACUUGACGUGGCUAUGUUCAAUGCUAUUCUUCGAGAUUCUGAUGACAGUAUCCCUACAGAUCCUGUUUCCGAUCCCAUUGGAGAUACAAGAGUAUUGCCUGUUCCCUCUGGAAAAUCUAGUUUUGGAUCUGGUGCCCAGCUGAAAAAUGCUGUUGGAAACUGGUUGAGGUGGCUCAGUGAUCUGUUUGGCAUCGAUGAGGAUGAUGUUGAGAAUGGUGAAGACGAUAGAUCGUUUAAGGCUUUUAAUCUUCUGAAUGCACUAAGUGAUUUGAUGAUGCUUCCGAAGGAUAUGCUCUUGAACAGUUCUGUGCGGAAAGAGGUAUGCCCGGGGUUUGGUGGACCGCUGAUAAAGAGGGUGUUGAGUAAUUUUGAAGCUGAUGAGUUUUGCCCAGACCCUCUCCCAAAUCAUCUUCUUGAAGCUCUUGAGAAUGAGGAAAGAGACAAGGCGUCGUGGAUCACAGACUAUCCAUGCACUGUACCACCUCCAGUGUAUGAAGCUCCUUCGGUACCGGAAAUUGUGAGCUCUUCUUCUGUCACGAGGAAAGCCAACACAAGCGACGAUGAGCUCGAUGAGCUCACUUCCCCUUUGCCCCUCCUCCUUCCCCUGCCUGAAUGUCCAAAGGCCCUUGCCUUUGACUCCUGCAUAAGGUAUCAACUUCUCCGGGACUUGUGGAUGAAGGGAGACUGAGCCACCCGGACAUAUUGUAUUUGUCCAAAUUUAUGUAUGUAUAAUACCCAACCAAAUCCUUUUUUUCUUAUCCAAUGCUUUGAUCUA